CCAGCGCUCUUGCUCGUCAGUUCCCCUCCCAUCACCGUCUGCCGCCGAGUCUACCUCGAUCACGCGGCCUUGAGUGUGCAGGACACAGUAGCUCCGGCCUUUCAGACGGCCGCCGGGCCACCCCUCCCUCUUCCACCAUGGCUUCCAAGCAGCACGUUCUACACCUCUACCGCCGCUCCCUCAAGCUCGCCCUCGACUGGGCCGUCAACAGAAACCUCUGGCGCGGCCAAGCACUCUACAUCCGCUCCCUCUUCGAAGCGAACAAGCACGUCACCCAGCCCCGGCAGCAACGAGCAAUCAUUGAAGAGACAGAAGGGCUGUUGGAAAGCUACAAACACCCCGAACCCUACCGACCCCCAACCGCGCCGGGAGGCAGCAAGUACCAGCGCAACUUGCCUGUGCCCAACACCGAUCCGCCGCCAAUGUCGCACAAGGAGAUGCAUUUAUAGGUGGGAGGAGUGCAUAUACUUGACGGCAUAUGAAACCUUUGUCAAUGCGCCUGUGUGGGAUUUCCAUCGCCUCGUCCUCUCCACGGAUAACACUACCUGUCCAUAUUGCGUGUGGGUGAGCGUGGACUCGACUUCCGCGCAAGAGCGUAGUGCCCACUCUCCUUCUCCUCCGUAUGGCCGUGAUGGAGGUGCACCGGCCAUCAAUGAUCCAUGUUUUCGUGUAUUCUGGGCGUGUAGUCGGCCGAUGGUAAUGCCAUUAUACGCCUGAGCCACUUCAGUAAUCACACGACAGGCGCGUGCAGGAACACAGGCAGUCUGAGAGUUGAGCGAAACGUCGGACGACCGGCUUAGGGUCAGGGUUGGG